GUUAGGCGUUUGAAUCAAUCAUGAUUUUUCCGGGAGACCCUGAAUGCGUCUAGUGCUAAAGCGUCCUGUUCGUUACGGACAGAGGGUGUGCUAACGUUACAUAUGAAUGGGCCUCCUUUAAACUCUGUACCCCGGGGGAUGCUACGUAGUAUUUUGGUAACAUUGGUGUUGUUUUGCUUACUGAUAUCAUCACCAAACAUCCUAUUAUUCUCCUCAUUUUUUCUCACUGGCAGUAAAAGGAAAUGUAGCUAAUGCUCGCGUAUCUACUGGACCGUAACCGUGUGCUAACCGGUGGGAGUGUUUAGCUAGUUAGCUAGCUGAUAGCCUUUCGUUUGUGCGACGUUUGUUGGCCUAAAUGGGUCAAAAGAAGUUAAGUAAUUCAUAUUCUCAAAUAGAUAACGAUUUGUUCAAUUAAAGCUCUUCAACAUGGACCUUAAUUUUUACUCUGAGCUUUCGGAUGGAUGUUCUCAAAAUGUUGAUUCGGAGUUUCUGAACCCACAAGCGUACGGUGGAUACCCAGAGGAAAAUAAGUUUUCAGAGGGCAGCGACAGUUAUCUGGCCAUCAGUGGAGGUGGACACCCUUUUCUGUCCGCAGAGCACACCUUCCACACUCCCAGUCUCGGGGAUGAGGUUUUUGAGAUCCCCCCCAUUUCCCUUGACCCGGACCCGGCUCUGAGUAUCAGUGAUGCGGUGUCCCACUUCGAGUUAUCUGACGGUCCAGACGGUGGACCUCCGGGCUCCCGUAGCCUGGUCAGUAACCUGGUGGUGGAAGCCAAUGAUCCAUCCUUUGCUUCCACCUUCGUUAACUCUGGGUCCCAGAGCCUGGAGCAGCUGAACCUCGGGGCCAUAGGUCAAGCUGGAGGAGGUGCCCUGCUGAGCUCCUCUGCUCUGGAACUGGGCAAUUCCAGUGGGUCACAUUUCAGCAGUUCAUCUCCCAUGACUAUUGAUGUCCAGCUUGGUGACAUCGGCCAUGGACUCCUGGGAAGCAGUCAGUUGACCACUAUAAACCAGUCGGAGUUGGCACUGGGCCUUGGAGGUGAAAGUAUGGGACCACAUUCAGAAACACCUGAGCAGCCGCUGUCAGCAACACCAUCUCCAGCAGGUUCACUGCAGGAUGAAGACAUGGACGACUUCAAGAGGAGUGUUCUUGUAGACUCUCCCAUGUCCUUCUCUUCCUCUGCCCUUUCCCACAUGUCAUCCCACCUUACUAGCCCAUCUUCAGUCUCCUCUGCUACAGCCAGGAGGGGUGGGGGGAAGCCAGCCACAUUGACCUCCCCAACAGGAGCAGCAAAGAAAGGAAGAAAAAAGAAAGACCCCAACGAGCCCCAAAAGCCAGUUUCAGCGUACGCCCUGUUCUUCAGAGACACACAGGCAGCCAUUAAAGGCCAAAACCCCAAUGCAUCAUUUGGAGAAGUGUCAAAGAUCGUGGCUUCAAUGUGGGACAGUCUUGCUGAGGAGCAGAAACAGGUCUAUAAGAGAAAGACAGAAGCUGCCAAAAAGGAGUAUUUGAAGGCUCUGGCAGCCUAUAAAGCCAACCAGCUCUCACAGCCUUCCUCUGAAGACAUGGAAGCUGAAUCCUCUUCACCCCCACCAGCCGUCAGUCAGAUACCUGUAGCCCCCGCCUCUGUUGCCCAUAACAUGCCUGAAGAAAACACCAUCACCAAUAUCUGUGCCUCCAACAUCAUCCUGGAUGUCCCAGAAAUGGCCACGCGUUCCCGUACGGGGGCAAACAAAUCCUCGGCCCCUGCUGCUGUUCCUCCGGCCCAGACCAUCACAAAGAUCAUCAUCCCAAAGCACAUGCUGCAGGCGGGGGGCCAGGUAGUGACGGUGCUGCCUGGAGGGGUCCGUGCUCUGCAGCCCACACUUGUGGUCUCUGGCGCUGCACGUCAGCCGCCACCGCUGCAGCAGAUGCAGAACGCGCCGCCUCCGCCCCGGCUUCAGCAGAUGGCACCAGCGCCGCCGCCACUACAGGCCAAACCCCGAGAGGGAAACGCUACACCAGGCCUUUCUGUGUCCGUGUCUGUCACCGCAACACCCCCACCUCCGCUACAGAUUAAAAUAGUCCCUGCCUCCUUACAGGGAAAAGAGGCUCUACCUAUUAUUGUCCCUACCACAGCGACGGCGUCGUCUACCGCCACCGCAUCUGCUCAGUCUGCAUCUGUAGCAGUACAGGUGGUGAACUCCGCCCACACAACAGGACACGCAGAUGAGGAUGUACUGCCUUCAGAAGAGGACGACAUGGAUGUGAGCGAAUCCACUGAUGGCGUGAAGAGUGUGUGCGUGAGGGCCGGCUGUAACAACCCCGCCGUAGAAAGUGACGACUGGGAUCGAGAAUACUGCAGCAACGAGUGUGUGGCCACUCACUGCAGGGAUGUUUUCAAGGCAUGGUGCUCCAUCCGAAACCAGAACAUGGCGACAGUGAAAUGAAGUGGUGGGUGCCGGUGUUAACAGUUUAACGAUGAUGGUGUCAAAGUGCAGAUAAGCUGAGGGUCAUGGUUCUGUCACUGUUUUGUUAAUGUGGACAUAGUUGCCGUUCUGGGUAAUAAACAAGUAGUAUUACUAAACUUCAGCGAGUUAAAAAACGCCAGUGCUGAUGGUUGGUAUUAUGACGUCGGAGUAUCUACAGACUGGAAAAUUCCAUAGUGUUACAGCUUGUUUGGCAUCGAUGGACUUAAAGGCAGCUAGAAAAAACAUCAGCACAAUGUAGUGAUAAACGAAAGGUCAAGACAUUUACUAGAGGUCACAUAGGUCAGUUUAUACCCAUUCAUGGUACAUUCUAUCUUUUUCAGAGAGACAAAGUGUUUUAAGUAAAACAUUAGUGACUACAUUUCUCACUGUUCUGGAUUUUUUCUUUUUGAGGUUUUAUGUCCUUCGGCAAAACAAGAGAACUUGACUUUGCUAAAUGAUGUUACUUUGAUCAGACAAGCAGUUUUUUUUAUUAUUACCAUUGUAUGCCUCUGUUUUUUGUAUCGAAGAUAGUGGCUUAAAAGAUGUCAUUUUGCCUUUUUAUAUUAAAAAAAAAAACUGGAUCAGAUCAAUGUUAUGGUUGGGG